CGAGCCGCGCCGAGCCGAGCCGCGCCGCACCGCACCGCACCGCACCGCACCGCACCGCACCGCACGGAGCCGGGCCGCGCCGCGCCGCGCCGUCAUGGGGGUGGAGAUCGAGACCAUCUCCCCGGGAGACGGACGGACAUUUCCGAAGAAGGGUCAGACGUGUGUGGUGCACUACACAGGGAUGCUACAGAACGGAAAGAAGUUUGAUUCCUCCAGAGACCGAAACAAGCCUUUCAGGUUCAAGAUUGGCAGGCAAGAAGUCAUUAAAGGAUUUGAAGAAGGCGUUACACAGAUGAGCUUAGGACAAAGAGCAAAGUUGACCUGCACACCUGAGAUGGCCUACGGAGCCACAGGCCACCCCGGAGUCAUCCCUCCCAACGCUACUCUCCUCUUCGAUGUGGAGCUUCUCAGGUUAGAGUGAACCUUCUCGGGGAAGUUGGCUGGAGACAUCUGUCAAUAAUCAUCCAUUCUUUCUCCCCUUCCCAGCAGUAGGAGAAGUCUUCACUGGAAUCCUAAUCCUCCCUGCUCAAGCUGUCAUGUCAAUAGUGCCUGCCCUUAGGUCCUUAUACCUUCUUUCUCUUUUUUAACCUUGUGGUGUCUGUAUUUGCCUUUCAUUAGAAGCUUUGUUUUGAGAAAAAUGCCUACCGUUGUAACAUUUCAAGUUGUACAUUUUAUUUAAUUUGCAUGUAAUAAAAAAUUCACAGCGACAACUGAAAAUAUAUAUAAAUAUAAAUAUAUAUAUAUAUAUUCCUUAUUGAAAAACCACUGCCUUACUGUACACUUAAACCAAGAAAGAAAGAAAGAAAAACAAAAACAAAAAGGUGCUCAAAAAAUCCAAUGUACGCCUUGUACAUGAAUGGGCAUUAGCCAAACAGAGUUACCUGCGCUGCCACUUUUCUCAACUUGUACGUUCUGCUUGCUGCUGUUUUGAAAAAUACUGUCUCAUUUAAUAAUUAAAAUAUAUAUAUAAAACAAUAAAAUCUUGAUACUUUACAA